AUGGAACGAAGGCGUCGGGCAUGUAUAUCACACAAGAUGAACGCAUUACACAGUUUGGCUAUGAAUAUCGUCGGUUUAGAUCCUGAAGCGCAACACAAAGCAGAAAAAGUCGAUAUACUCACGACGUGCUGUAAAGUAUUGGAGCAUGUUGCAAAGGUUGCUCGCGAACAACCAGUACUGCAGUCUUGGCUGCACCAGUUCCAAUCAAAACUCCCAGAACUGACGGCUGCCGCCACGUUUACGACGAACGUAAAUAGUCAUAGCAGAACCCAUCCCCUCGAUCUCGAGAAUAUAGGAUCCAGCGGAUUUAGCCCAAGUUCCUGUUUGGAAAUUGACGAAAGCAACCGUCCGAUCCCCAGCAUUUCAAGCAGCCCCUUGACUCGCAGUGUUAGCAACUCUAGUUCGAGCGUUCCUCCGACUCCGAUGCAAAAGAGUCGUUCGUGUUACUCAACUGACAGUGGAGUAUGCAGCCCGCAUGAGAAUACCACGGAACACCGGAGCGUGGGACCAGGAAAAAAUAUGCUCCAGCAGAACCAAAGAUUUGUCCAUUUCCGUACUUCAUUUGCACAAACAGAUCACUCAGAAGCUUUAUCUCAUCGACCCUAUCCAUUUCGGUCCCCUUUAUCGUCAGUACUGAACAGGCCAUUUCAGAAUGCGGAGUUUUCUUUAGAGCCUGCUGUGCUUACGCUGAGGGCAUCACCACCGACUGCGUUCAGGCGAGUUGAAACGACUAAACCAACCGGUACGCUGUCCGUUUGGAGGCCGUAUCUUUAAGUUUUCCUUAUGACUUGCCACAUGUAUAUAUCGAAGAACGAUGCUGUACCUGAAAUCCUAUGUACUAGUUUUUAUACACGCUGUAAUUUUCUU